UUUUGUUCACUAAACAGACUGCUUGUACACUGUUAUGUAGCACUAAUAAUGUUUCCAGGUUACGAGCCACCCUUUUCCUGUCUUGUUGUCGACAACACGACUGAGCUGUUAGAACACAAUGUUACACAUUACGUUCAGGAAGGCGAUUGUAAAGUGAGGGAUACUUGGACAAAUGUGACGUCACCAUGUCACCAUGGCUACUGGUAUGAUGCACCACUGGAGACGGCCACCAUCGUGACUGAGUGGGACUUGGUUUGUGACAAGGAAUAUCAGAUGCAGCUGACACAGACAAUCUUUGUUGCCGGCCAAGCUUUAGGAGCCACUGUGAUGACCAUAUUAGCCGACCGCUACGGCCGAAAGUGGGUCUGCAUCAUUAGCCAAUGGGCUAUGUUCGCUAUUGGAGUAGGAACGGCGUUUUCUCCCAGUAUUCUCGUUUUCUCCAUCCUCCGAUUUCCUACAGGAGCUUUUCAGCAGGGUAUCGUCAUGACAGGGAGCGUUCUGCCACUAGAGAUAAUCCCGGUAGAGAAGAGGGCCAUCGUGCACCUGAUCGGUACAGGAACCUGGAGCAUAAACCUGGCCCUUAUGAGUGGCCUUGGUUACCUCUUCCAGGAGCACAACUGGCGGUAUCUCCAGCUGGCUUUUAGCAGUGCAUCUCUUAUGGUCCUUCUCCAAACAUUUCUUCUAGAUGAAUCCCUCCGCUGGUUGUACGCAAACAACAAAGGCAAGAGAGCAGCACAAAUCAUUCAAAAGGCUAUCCGCAAAAAUAAGGCAGAUAUCAACACAGUUCUGCAAGCAUGUCUGGAUUACGGCGAUAACAAGUCGAUGCAAAUGAAGGUUGCCUUAAAACCUGUGACUUUACAUCCAGUCACACAAUACCAUGAUAAUGCGCUAGAUAAUAAAUCUACUCCGAAAGAAUCCCUAUCCAACAUAUCAGCCGCAAGCAGUCUUUAUGACAACGAACCGACCGGCUGUCUGGAAAAGUCUACGCCUGCGGAUUCACAGGUUACUGCUUCCGCGAAAUCAGAGGAAGUUUUGGGCAACAACGGGAGGUUUCACGAAGAUUCGAAAACCAGCGUAAUGGGGUUUGUUCCGGAUCAAGAGGGAGAUAUUAAAGCUUCCAGCCCUAGGACAACGUCAAAGGAAUCCGAUGAAUUGUUACUUGAUGACAAACUUGUUGCUCCUCCCGCAAAGAAGUACACAGUUCUUGACGUGAUUAGAAUGUUUAAAUGCUGCUUACGAAAACACAUCAAUGUAUAUAACAGAUUAUACCCCCUUUUUCAGGAUUGUGAAAGCCUGGUGUAUUUUGGCCUGACAUUGGCCUCAUCUAAACUGGCCGGAGAUCGCUUCGUCAACUUUGCUCUAAUCGCAGCUGUGGAGCUUCCCUCUGGCAUUAUCUCUUAUCUAACAAUGCAACGAUUUGGAAGGAAAGCUACAAUAUUCAUCUUUGAUGGCAUCGCUGGAACGGCUCUCAUUGCUGCUGUUGCGUUGAAAGAGGUGUAUGGGAACGGUCUUGCUGUCACUGCUCUGUCCAUAACUGGCAAGUUUGGAGCCUCAGCCGCGUUUGGGUCUCUCUUCACAUACACACCAGAGCUGUACCCUACAAACCUCAGGAGUCUGGGGUUAGGCAUCUCCUCUGCAUCAGCCCGUAUUGGUGGCAUGAUCGCCCCUUUCUCGCUCCUCGUGAUGAAGUACUACCCGUGGGUACCAGGUACUGUAUUUGGAAGUCUAUCCCUAGUAGUUUGCGGUUUGGUGCUCUUCCUACCGGAGACAAAAGACAAAGAACUGCCUCAAACCAUCGAGGAGAUCGAGAAAUGGUCCAAGAAAUAG